AUGUGGUUAUGCAACACUCGAGAACAAGAGUUCAAUCCUUUUGAGACAGGAGUGACCAUGAAACAGAGGAAGAGGAGUAAUAUCUCAAUCUUCGUAAUCGUCUUCUCCGUUUUCCUCUUGGGGAUCUUCAUGUACAAUGACAACGUCAAAUCCAUUGCUGACUUGUCAUCGUCGAAUCCAUUCUUUAGUCUAUUUGAGGAAUACGUGGAGUUGCCGCCGCAGGAGUGUGAUCUCUUCACCGGAGAAUGGGUAUUCGACAACAAGACGCGUCCAUUGUACAAAGAGGAAGAGUGCGAGUUCUUGACAGAGCAAGUAACUUGCUUAAGAAACGGAAGGAAAGAUUCUCUGUUUCAGAAAUGGAGAUGGCAACCAAAAGACUGUUCUUUGCCAAAAUUCAAAGCGAGAGUGUUGCUAGAGAAGCUGAGGAACAAGAGGUUGAUGUUUGUCGGUGACUCGCUUAACCGGAACCAAUGGGAAUCGAUGGACUACAACGCAACGGUGGAGUUUUAUUGGGCGCCAUUUUUGGUUGAAUCGAAUUCAGACGAUCCGAGAAAGCACAGUAUAAUCGAUCGUAUCAUAAUGCCAGAGUCCAUCGAGAAGCACGGAGUCAACUGGAGAAGCGUUGACUUUCUUGUCUUUAAUAGUUACAUCUGGUGGAUGAACACUUUCUCCAUCAAAGUCCUACGAGGAUCGUUCGAUGAAGGUGACACGGAAUAUGAUGAGAUCAAACGGCCAAUAGCAUACGAAAGAAUGAUGAGGACAUUGGGAGAUUGGGUGGACCAUAACAUUAAUCCUCUACGUACAACCGUUUUCUUCAUGAGCAUGUCUCCUCUUCAUAUCAAGAGUUUGGAUUGGGGGAAUCCUGAAGGUAUAAGGUGUGCUUUAGAAACGACACCGAUCAUAAACUCGUCGAUGGUGUUCAACGUUGGGGCGGACUACAGGCAGUUUUCGGAGGUAGGGACGGACUACAGACUGUUUUCGGUUGUGGAAAACGUCACGCAGUCUCUUAGAGUUCCUAUUCAUUUCCUCAACAUCACUGGAUUGUCCGAGUAUCGUAAAGAUGCGCAUACUUCGGUUUACACGAUCAGGCAAGGCAAAUUGCUGACGCGCGAGCAGCAAAACGAUCCGACCCAUUAUGCUGACUGUAUCCACUGGUGCUUACCUGGUGUUCCCGAUACAUGGAACGAGUUUCUUUAUACGCAUAUUAUUUCGAAAUCUUCAUGA